ACGCCGAAGGACUUUCUGGGAUGGGAUGACGAGAGUGCCCCAGUGUUUCCAGUUUGUGACAGUCUCUAUUGGUCAGCUCCAGUCUUACAGGGACCAACAAGACUGAUGUAGAACAACAACAGCAGAAGAAGAAAGAAUCCGACACAAGAAGGAAAAGUAGAAAUAGUAGAAGAAGAAGAAACGCCGCGGAGGUCUGCUGGAAAAAUGGGAGCGGUGAAGUGAAAAACGACCGAAAAGCGAAAUGUCUGGAUGAAAAGCACCAAAGGAAGUUUCAGAAACGCAGCAGACCAGCGGAGCUCAGCGGUCAGAUCAGAUUUCACGUUUUCCUCACAAACCGCCCCUGGUGUCCGUACUGAGCUGACCACCCUCCUGUGUGAUUUCACCGCUGGUUAUUCAGACAGAGAAACGAACUUAACGUGGAGUGGGAGCUCCUGUGAAUGAUGCGCGCAGAGGUGACAUGUGGAGCGGUGAUUGACAGCUGGAAGGGGCGGGUCUGACUGAAGCUUUCAUUCAGGUUCAGCGGAGUGAGUCAAAGGACACAUGAUUGUUUGAUUUAACAUCAUAUAUCAGAAAGGCUCUCAUGUCUCUGGGUUGACACGUACAGCUGGGGGAAAUCUGGUCUGCAGAGGUGCCCGAGCGGGCAUGAUGGCACUGCUCCUUUGGCUCGGCCUAUCGCUGCUGGCCUCCGUCCAGUCCAGCGCCGUGAAGAACUGCCACCCUGGCUGCCGCUGUGAGGUAGAAAGCUUUGGCCUUUUCGACAGCUUCAGCCUGACUCGGGUGGACUGUAGAGGACUGGGACCCAGCAUCACGAUGCCAAUCUCCAUCCCUCUGGACACUUCCCACCUCGACCUGUCCUCCAAUUCUAUGGGCCCACUCAGUGACACCAUGUUGGCUGGUCCAGGCUACACCACCCUUGUAAGCCUGGACCUAAGCAGCAACCAAAUAACAAAGGUAAGCCCCAGUGCUUUGUCCAAGCUGCGUUACCUGGAGACUCUGGAUCUGAGCCACAACAACCUGGAGAGCCUCUCCCCAAGCUGUUUCUCUGGCCUCCCGCUGGCUGAAGUCGACCUCAGCCAUAACAAUUUCCAAAUGUUCGACAUGGACGUAUUCAUGACGAAAGUUAACGGUGAACCUGUCAGUGUGGAUCUGUCCCAUAACCAGCUCGUGUCAGUCUCUAUGACCUUGCAUGGACGAGUACUACACAUUCAAAGUUUAAACCUGUCAUCAAACCGGCUGUUGAGCGUACCAAAGCUGGCAGGACUUCCUCUGAGGUACCUAAACCUGGAUGGUAACCCCAUUACCCACAUUAAAGAAGGAGCAUUUACUCAACUUAAAGAUCUGGUGUAUCUGUCCAUCAGUGGCCUCCAGGAGCUCCAGGAAAUUGAGCCACACAGCUUUAAAGGCCUUCAGAGCCUGCAGAUCCUGGAUCUCUCAAACAACCCCAAACUCAAGACUCUGAGCACUGCAGUUUUUAGUGGACUAGUCUCCCUUCAAGAGCUGAAUUUAUCUGGCUCUGGGGUGACAUCCUUGCCAAAUAACAUGCUGACCCACCUGCCCAGUAUUAAGAGUAUUACUCUGGGACAAAACAUCCAGUGCUGGAGGACCCAGAAACAGGGCCAGUUUCACCGGCAGCUGGGUCAGGUCCAGCACAACGAGGUGCUGAGCUGUAACAUGGAGGGUGUGGUGUUAUAAGACAGUGCCUUUACAAGUGGACCAGUCCUCUAAAGGGCCAGUAUACUCAGUCAGAAGUGCUUUUAGAUAAUCAGCCUCACAAUUCCCUACUAAAGCAUACUUUUCUUAUUUUUUUCAACUUUUCAACAGAACUACACGUCACAUAACGGAGCAGAGUGCAACACCAAGAUGCUCUUACACAAUAUUGCCUUCCUCUUUGCAGUGACAGCCAGCUUUUAGUGUUUGAAAGAGCCAUAUAAACACUUUAUAGUGGUUAGACAACACAUGCAACAAGGUUUCUAUUUGUGCCUUAUCUGCUUUUACUUGCAAAACUCUCUCUGUGUUGCCCUGACCUGACCACAUACUCUACGUUCCAAGGUGGAACUGGAAUACGUCUUAAAAGCUUAAUGUUGCCUUACUAAAGCCUCCACACUAAUGUCAGAAAUCCUAAAACUUUUCAAGCCUUUUACAUAACACAAAAGAAUGAUCUUAAGUGGUAGAAAAUCUCUUAUCAGUCCAUAACUUAAAGUAGCAGUAACAGGUUAUAUGCUUCAUUCAAAGUGGGACCACGUUAAGUUUUAUUUGCACUUAUUUCAGUCGAGGUGUUUUUUAAUGAUGCACUUAAACAUGGCCUUAAUGUCAUAUACAUUUCUAUGCAUUGUUGAUAAUACUCACACUGAAGACUGUUGACCACUAAUGUGUUUCAUUUGACUUUGAAUGUGAUGCUUUAUUGAAAUCUUUGACAGGAUAGUUUCAUAAGAAUUUUUUAAGUGUUAGAGAUUGAUACCUCUCCAAGAUCUGUUUACCCUGUAUGCAGCUGCAGCUGAUUGCUUAAAAAGUAGCAAAACCCCAAAGUUUUGUCUUCAAACAAUGUCAACAAACCGUCAUGGGCAGGGCUGAGAGGUGGCAAAGAAAAUAUAAGCCCACUAAUUUCUGCAUGCCAUCAUCAUCAGGCCAACAUCACCCAGUCUGCUGUUUUUUUAGAUUAGCCAUAAUGUCGUAACCGGUCAAGGUAGACCUACACAAGUUAAACAAAGUCAUAUGCUCCCAUUAGAGACAAGCUUCUUCUCAGAGAUGCUCCAGUUGUAAUGAUUAGGACCAGUGCUAAUGUUUAAAAUAACAAUUUAAACCAUCUGAUAUCAGUGUUUUUAAAAUACUUCUUUUGGUGUAACACUUCUACAUGUCCUGACUGGACUUGAUCCAAGUGAGCAUCAGCUACAAAAUCCGCUUGAUUACAUGGAUUCAUAUUGCAGUAUCCUGACGGCACUGCAAUGUAAAGUAGCAUUCCUGUCGCCCCGUUUCUUUUCCGUCUCUUGUGUUGAGACGGGCAAGGAACAAAAAAACAUGGCACAAUGAGGGUCAGAUGGAACAUUUCCUUGAUCAUCCCUCACUUUCCUGGCUCUAAAGAGCUUGUUUUACAAGUUAGAGAUAUCUGCGUAUUAAUAGCAUCCAUAUCUGUGUUUGAAAUGUAUUGUGCUCUGACAUGUGUCACCAUGGAGACAAGCUUCAGUGUUCACUGCCUGUGUAUUUUUUACAAGGAAAUUCAAAAGGCAGAGAAAUAAAUAUUCAGUAGAUCCUGUGUGGACAGGGAUGCUUGAGUGGAGUUGGGACUUGGUGUAAAAUUUGGCCUUAAAAUCAGAUCAGUUUGACUAACAGGUCACUUUUCUGCAGGAAUACAGAUGAAAAAGCAGAAACAUGCAUCUCAGUCAGCAUCCAUACAGGUAUCAAACAUAGAGCAUAAAUUAGACUUUUAUGUUGCAGAAACUGCAGCAGCAUUCAGUCCCACUCAUCGAUAAACUUAUCAUAUGUAGAAAAGUUUUACACUGAAUUAUUUGGACUUAAGCAGACUAACUCUUCUUUUGUUCCAUGUCUUCUGCAGAGACAGCUGCCAUAGCUUCAUACUCACCAAACAGACAUGAGCGAUGCAUCAAUCUUUACUCUUUCUCUUUGUAAAAAUUAGUUAAGUCGUUUAAAUCUGUGACUAAAAUGAUCUGGGGGAAUGGAUCUUUUCCUGUCACACCCACCAAAUGACUUUUUACUUGAAUUUUUUUGUGAAUAUGAGCCCAAACCUGACAACUUGUCUGUUGUCUUCAGACGUUUUUUUCUCUGACCAGCUCGACGCAGAGCUUUUGACAUGGUUCUCACUCAUCUGUGCUCCCUUUAUUUUUGCUACAGGAGUAAACACCUGAGGUCCAUGCUGACCGCAGGUUUAUUUUGACCUGCUGUCAAAUCUCUGCCCAGUUGUGCGAGACUCAUUUCUCAACACAUUUGCCCGAUGCAGUAUGAGAACUUUCUAUAUUUGCUACUGAAUCCAGUUUGAAACUCUGUCUAGGGUUAAACACCGCUGCUCUGUGCUCCUGUGUGUAACCAUGCCUUAGCAUUCCUGUGGUAUCUCUGUGUUCCUGAAAAGAAAAUCCGCCUCUGUACUGCAUUUUAGGCUUUUUUCUGAAUGUCUGUAAUCUGUAAAGGCUCCAUGCCUUCAAUGUUAAAGAUUUUAAAGCAAAGACACCUUUAUAACUGUGCUCUAAUCGCAAACCAUGCCUUGUAAAUUUUUAUAUUUGUAUGUAUGUAACUAUAUUGUACAUAAUUUUAUAUGAAGAAUACAAAUGAGCUGUAUAAUAAAUUGAAUAUUUCCAAAUAUUGCCUGCUAUCUCAUGUUC